AUGGCAUUCGCCUCCUUCGCCUCCUUCAUAGACGCAAUGAAGUCACUGGACUCCCCAAACCCGCUAACAAUCUACCGGGCACACCGGAACCCGUUCCACAUCGUUCUUCUCUUCAUCUACUACCUCAUUCUCCCCGUGAUCUGGAUAGUCCGCGCGAUCCGGGGCGUGGCAAUACGCCACUCAUACCUCAGUGCAAAGCCUCGAAUCGAGACGGCCUUCCCGCUCCAGCCAAAGACAAGCGCAAAUACCAGAGACGAUCUCCCGCCUCCGCUGGCCCCGCGGAAACGAUCACUAACUCUGCCCCUGCCGGAUGAAAAGGCGCACGGGCACAGGCACAGGCACAGGACGAGUAAACAGGCCACGUUCUUGCAACACCACUCGCCGUUGUUUGUCAAGUUCCCGCCGGAGGUACGGCGGAUGGUGUAUCUGCAGGUUAUCCUCCUGCCUGGGCGAGGGGAAUUGUGCGUGUCGCAUGCUGAGAGGCGUCUGUAUGGCUUUCCUGCCAUGGAAAGGGACGAGGAGAACCCGGAUCUCCUGGGGUACCCGCACUCCGCCUGGGUUGGGCUGGACUAUGCGGGGCGUCUUGUCGGGUCGAUUCGCACGGUGAGGAAUAGCCGGCCGUCCAAGGAUCUGUUGGGAUCGGGAUCAAGAUCGAGGUCGGAGUAUACUGAGAAUAGUCGCCCCGACAGGUUGCGGGUGUUGGGGCUGCUCACCUCGUGCAGACGGAUCUACUCCGAGACUAUUGACCUUCUCUACCAAAAGACAUCGUUCAACGUCCGUUGCUCAAGCACGAUGGUCAGCCUGCAAGCGACAACCCUGCCUCAUCGGUUCCAGGCAAUCCGGUACCUGCACAUCGAGAAAGUCCUCGGCGUCUCUGGGGCGCUCGAAAAUGUCUUUACGGUCCAUCACCUCGGAGACUGGAAGAGGGCUUGCGCUGCGAUUGGCGCAAUUCCCGACUUGCGCAAGUUGCGAGUCUCGUUUAGUCGCACGCACUACGAACCACGUCAAUCUGCGCUGCUCGCAUACAUGGAUCCAUUGGUGCAGUUAAAGGCUGGUGAGUUUGUUGUCCGCUUUAACUGGCCUGCCAAUGCGAUUGUCGAUCCGAUACUCGACAAGUGGCAGAGGAAAUUCCCAUUCGAGGUAGAUGUACAUCCAGGUCCGCCAGAGUGA